AUGUCGAUACCAUCAGUACAACAUCGUCAACUAAUUCGGAUUUAUCUGAUUUGCCUCGUGAUUAGAGUCGCCUUUCAACAGCCCGUCGAGCAGCCCAUUGAAACGUUACUCGACGAGGACAAAGCUCCGAUACCGGCAAUUUAUAACACUCCUCCACAGCCGGCAGUGAAAAUUUUGCGUGAGACUAGUCCCAUAACGGAAAGGGAAAGCAUGAAGAUGUCCGGCGAUAUGCAGCAGUCAGAAUCGUACACGUACAGCUACUACCGGCCACUGUACUAUCCGGGGGUGUACUACUCAUACUAUCCCCGGUAUCGUUGGCCCAGGCCCUACUAUUACUACAACUGGUGGUACUACUGA